UCCCAGCGAGCUGGAGGCGGGGCCCGCGGCAGGGCCGGACGCUCCAGGGCGGAGCCCAGGCCGCACGACCCCGCCUCCUGGAUGGGCGGGACGGGCCGCGCCGCGUGCCUGCAUGCAGGUUGCGCAUGCGUUAAGCGUGCCACGACCUCGCUAUGGCCCCGGCAGGAUCUGGGGGGAAGGCGUGCGUGUCCGCCUCACCUGCAGUACGUGACGGCGGGAGCGGGGCGGCUUUGUGUGGAGUCCGGUAAGGGGCAUUAGGGAGGUGUUUGGAGCAAGGAUAACCGAGAAACCUCGUGACUCGCUGAGGGGCCCGAGGCGGUCGGUUGCCCCUCUGCCCAGCGAGGGCUCUUCCACCCAGACGUUACCACCGGGCACUUGCCAUACGUGUUGCAACCCUCAUACCACCUCUCUAGAAAUAACCAUAACCAUUCUGCCUACUGAGGCCGUUUACUGAGGGCCCACUGAAACGCUGUGAACAGCUUCAGUUCUUACAACAGUUCUGCAAGGCUCUUUUCGAGAAUCCGCCCUGCUGUACUCGUCAUUCCAGCCUACAUGCUGUCCUCUGACCCCACCCUGCGUCCAGACUGCAUGGUGGGGGAGGCAGGGAUCGAAGCUGACCUGUUUGCUCUUGUCCCCUCUCAACUCCUAGGACAAUGCUUGACACGUGAAUCUAAGAGGAUGGAGCCAAGUACCUGUAAGACCAGUGAAUCAGAGGAAAACUAUGGUGAAGAAGAGGAAUCUGAGGAGUGUGUCAAAGGGGAAGCUACCAUCCCUUCUAACCCUUCUCAGCAGGCACUCUCAAAGGCUGAUAAUGCAUUUAGGAAUGGAGUUCCUUUAUCCAUUGUAGCCAAGAAAAUACCAAAGAAAAUCAAAACCCCAGCUGACCCAGAUGAAUUAGAAGUUGAGAGGAGAAAGAGAAGGAAAUACAGGAGGUCAUUAGCCUUCAAUCUGACCAACUGCAAGUAUGAGAGUGUGCGUCGGGCAGCCCAAAUGUGUGGCCUGAAGGAGGUGGGGGAGGAAAAGUGGACUGUGUACUGGACAGACUGCUCUGUCUCACUGGAACGAGUCAUGGACAUGAAGAGGUUUCAGAAAAUCAACCACUUCCCUGGCAUGACAGAAAUCUGCCGCAAAGAUCUGCUGGCUCGGAACCUCAACCGCAUGCAGAAACUCUAUCCUACUGAGUGCAACAUCUUCCCGUGCACCUGGUGCCUCCCUGCAGACUAUAGGGACUUCCAGUCCUAUGUUCGUCAGCGAAAAACCCGCACUUAUAUCUGUAAGCCAGACAGGGGCAGUCAGGGAUGUGGCAUCUUCAUCACCCAAAAUCCACAGGAGAUCAAGCCAGGAGAACACAUGAUGUGCCAGCAAUACAUCUCCAAGCCCUUCCUCAUUGAUGGCUUCAAGUUUGACAUGCGAAUCUAUGUCCUGAUCACAUCCUGUGACCCUCUUCGGAUCUCCAUGUAUGAGGAGGGCCUGGCCCGCUUUGCCACCAUGCCCUACGUGGAGCCCAGCCACAGCAACCUGGAUGACAUCUGCAUGCACCUGACCAACUAUGCCAUCAACAAACACAAUGAGAAUUUUGUCCGGGAUGAUGCUGUGGGCAGUAAGAGCUACCGAACCUGUUUUCCCCAGUAUCUGAGUGGAGGUACAUGUGCCUGUUUUGAGAUCCUCGGUUUUGACAUCUUGCUGGACCACAAGCAGAAGCCCUGGCUGCUGAAGGUAAACCGCUCUCCAAGCUUCACCACCAACUCACACCUUGAUCGAGAAGUGAAGGAUGCACUUCUCUGUGAUGCCAUGACCCUUGUCAACCUCCGGGGCUGUGAAAAAAGAAAGCUGGUAGAAGAGGAUAAGCAGCGAGUCAAGGAGAGGCUUUUCCAGUGCCACCAACAGCCAAGAGAAGCCAGGGGCCUCAGGCGAGAACAAACUGAGUCAUCCCAUGCAGCAAUGCUGGACCAGGAACGCUCCGAGGAUUCCCACCUGGGGGGGGGAUACCAGCGGAUCUACCCUGGGCCUGACACGGAGAAGUAUGCGCCCUUCUUCAAGCACAACGGCUCCCUCUGGGAGACUGCUGCUUCCAAGGCCAGAGAAGAGUGUGCCAGGCAGCAACUAGAAGAGAUCCGCCUUAAGCAGGAACAGCAGGAGACCUCAGGCAAUAAGAGGCGGAAGGAAAACAAGGACCAGAACCAGGGUGAAUCAGCAAGGGAGAAGAGCCAAUCCAGGGCCCGGCUCAGGGGCUUUUCCACCCACUUGGCUUAUAGGAACCGGAACCAGGAAAAAGAGCUGCUACCAGUACACCUGGACACUAUGCAGCCACAAGAAAUUGUGGAAGAGGAGGAGCUGGAGCGGAUGAAGGCCCUGCUACAAAGGGAAAAUCUCAUCAGAAGUCUGGGUAUUGUAGAGCAGCUCACCCGCAUGCUGUACCCCAGCCACCGGGGCCAGAAAAAACUUCAUGAGUAUCGGAUGAGGCCCAAGAAUGUCAACUGGAUGAGAGAGCCAGCAGACAUCAGCCUCUGUUCAUUGUCAAUGAAGACACGUGGGUGCUAUUUUUCCAGCGCCAGAAUCAGGCUCACUAGCCAAGGCCAAGCCAGCAGAAGGCUAGAAGCCAUAAACCGAGCCCUGGCAGGAUCGGUGCCACCCUUUUUAACCCCAGGCUAGGGCUAUCUUCUGCAACGGGAAAGAGUGGUAAGUGGCUCAUGGACUGAAUGCACCUUGCCCUCUAUGCUAGACUCUGAACACAGAGCAGCCGAGGCCUGGCAUCUCACCCUCUGCCCUACCUCUGCACCCCUGCUGCAGCAUACCCCUGCACUCCUCGACAUCAGGCACCAGAGGUAUAUGUAGGAAGGAAGCCCAGCACUCAAGCUAUCCUGGAGAACCCCCUCAGGUUUCCAAAAGGGCAAAGCAUCUUCAAUCUUUGCUAACUCAAAGACUGCCACCAAGCUUCAGUUUGAAAAGCCCUGGCCAGGAACCCUGUUUGCAUAAGGCAAACACAAAGACACUAAGAAUUCCUCAAUACCCUAAGAUUAUUUUCGGAUGGGUAAAGACUAAAAGAUGAAAAGGAGCCAGGGCCGGCCAUGUGCUCAGCUCUGUCCUUCAAACCUUAACCUGGAUUUACCGCUAA